AUGUUCUGGGACCUCCGGAUGAAGGGAUUCAAUGGCAAGACCCAACGCGAGGAUGUUGCUGCCAUGAUCGAGAAGUACCCGCUCAUGAAUGCUUACUGGGAAGACAAGAGACCGCGCCUGCAGGACAUCAAGAUCCCUAUGUAUAUCUUGGCUAGCUAUUCAACCGGCCUACACACCGAGGGAUCUUUACGUGCCUGGAAGUAUGCCGGAUCGGAUGAGAAAAGGGAGUGGUUUGAAAUUUACCAGCCAGUUGCAAACGACGAUCUUCGGCGCUUUUUGGAUCAUUAUCUUCUUGGGAAGAACAAUGGUUGGGAGCUUACGCCCAAGGUCCGUCUCUCCUUACUGAGAUACAACAAGGCUCCGAUCAGCUUCCGCGCAGAAGACAGAUACCCUCCGUCCCGAAUGGAAUACAAAACUUUCUAUUUCAACGCCGCCAAGGAGAGUGGAAGCGUCGCAGGAUUCUUACAGACUGAAGCUCCUACCGAAAUUGUCACCACCUCGUAUCAAUCUGACAUGUGGGAAGACGAUGGCGCUUACUUCGCACUCAAGUUCACGGAACCAACUGAUUUAAUUGGCAGCUCUCAGGUCAAGCUGUACAUGUCAUGGGCGGAUCUCGACGACAUGGACGUAUAUGUGAUUAUCCGGAAGCUCGAUCGCACUGGAAAGGCAUUACUGAACUAUAACAUUCCCUUUGAAUACCAGAAACCCGGAACAACCCCGGAUAUGAUUGACGAUGAGAAAAUUUACAAGUAUGUUAGGCCAAGCAGACGACUCCGCGUGUCUAAGCGAGCUGCGACAACCGAAGAACCCGACAUGCUCGAAACCAAGAAAGAAAACCAAGAGCCCACAGAGCUUUUCUUUCCGCACGACAAGUCAGAAAAGAUCCCACCCGGCAAAGUUGUAGAGCUCAAGAUUCCCAUUUGGGCUGGAGGAAUUGCCUUUGAUGCAGGAGAAUCUCUGAGACUGGAAAUCAAGGGUCACGACCCAAUCCUUCCGGAGGAUCCGGCAUUGAGAAAGGGGCCUAAGAAUUUGAAUAAAGGUCAGCAUGUGGUGUACACCGGUGGAAAGUUCUCAUCUACUUUGAUAAUUCCCUUGACCCAGGUGUGA